AUGGGUAGCUCUCAAUCUAUGAUUUCUCAAUGCUCGUCGUCCGACGUCCGUCUUGUUGGUGUUCAAUCAAGAAAUGAACAAGAAGCGGCCGAAUUCCAACAAAAAGUUAAAGAGUGCGGAAAAGAAUUCUACGAACAACAACAAACUGUCAAGAAACAUCACGAAAAACCUGCGUUUGGAAGUGCUGCGUCUGGUGAUGGAGUCCAAAGAGAGAAUAGAAAACAACUCCAUUAUUAUUUCAAUUCACCACCACCACAAACGGAGCAACAAGGUUGUCAACAAGGAGUUCAACAAGGAGUUCAACAAGGUGCUCAACAAAAAGAAGCUCAACAACCUUCCGAAAAGUCGAAACUUCUUUAA